UUUCAAAUCGUUGCAUCGCGUUCAUUUACUGUAAAAAGGUUUUAAAAAUCGUAUUUUGAAAUUCGCGCCCGAUCCGAGUUGUCGCGAAAUGUUCCGUCGCACUGUCGAAGUUCGGCGAUCGCGUCUUCAGAUUAGCCAUGCAAAAUGCAAAUGUCAAAGUGAAAUUAGAAAUUAUUCUCAGAAAUCAACGAAGAACUCAAACUGAUUUAUUUUAUCCGAUGUGAUGAUUAUUGUAGGACAAAUUAAACGGAGUAAAUGCACAAAUUGAUUCAUUCAUUCCGCAUAGUGCGCGAACCCGUCAAACGAUUCAUCUCGAACUACACUCAGGCUGUAUCCAAAAAGCCCGAGAUGAAGACUUCGAACAGCUGGUCUUCCUGUAAACCCCAUCGACAGCAUUCUGACAUGUCCUGGGAGCCCUUCAAGCUAGGAAUGUACAUUCGUACCGAAAAGACGAAGAAGAAGAAGCUAGGGAUGUACUCGCGCUGCCUCACUCAGUCAAUUUAAACGGAAUAAAUGCACAAACUGCACAAAAUAUUUUAUUAGGUUAUGUUGGUGGUGCUGGUCGAGUCUUUAUUACUAAAAUCUCAUUAAAAUGCCAUGUUCUACUGCUAUUAGAUGAAAAAGCGAGGGCCCGCUUUUCUUAUUGUGUGAUGAUAACAUUUACCAUCAAAAGAGCUGGCGCUUUUGAAGAGAACCUUUUAAUGAACCAUUUAGAUAACUACAAAUAACAAAACUUAACAAUUGUUGAUGAAUGAAGUAAUGAAAUAUUGUACGAAUCUGGAGAAGUAUUGCACUAUUUUCAAGAAUUGCUCAAAAAGACUGCUGUCAGCAGCCGUACAGUAAAUAUGCCAAUCUUCAAAACUCCUACGCGUGUUGAUUAGCAUUUGAGUUGAAAUCUGAAGACAAUAUUGCUGGAUUGCUUGUUUCAGCGCGUCUCUGUUUGUAUAGCUCGUAUUGUUCGAAUACAGAUGCUCGUGAAGAAAUCUCCAAAGAACAAAUUGCCAGGGGUUUAGAUCUGGCGAAUGCACAGGCCAAUGGGGCAGUGAAAACUUUCCAUUCCAAUAUUGCGGGAAAAUACUGGUUCAAAUAAACAACAUUUGUGCGAGUUGUAUGGCUGGAGAUUUGAUCCUGCAUGUAAAAGAUCUGCUGCAGAUGCCGCACCCUUCGAAUCCUAGGAAGUAUUUGCUGAUAUUGUCCUACUUCUGAGCAUUCAAUCCAGAUUCGAUGAAAAAAGGUGCAAUUACAUGAUGUCCUAGAAGCCCCAGUCACACAUUGACAGUUGCACGCCAUUGAUAACGAUGGUCAUCGACCACGUGAGGAUUGUGUAUUGCUCAAAUUUGAUCGUUCUGACGAUUAUAACUUCCCUUAAGACCAAAUGAACAUUCGUCAGUAAAACAAAUGUUCCUCAAAAACUCUCCAUCAGCCUAGAUUUUCUCAAGCGUUCCUUCGUAAAACUCCAUAUGUGAGUAGUCCUCAGGCUUUAAUUUUUUGUCAUGAUGCUUUUUGAAACUCUUCUAUCCCAUCUGUUUAAGAUCCCUAAAAGACGUCGUGCCCACCUGAUAAGAAUCAGAGCCAGUGAAUUGUUUCUACCACGGAUCGUACAAGAGCUUGAGAUAAUCUGAUUGGUGCCAAUGACACGGCAUCCCUUACAACAGUUACAAAUUAGUAAAAGUUCUUAAAUGCAUAAUUCAAAUUGUGGCGCCAAACAUGCACCUGUUAACACCACCUGAUUUUAUGUAAUUUUUAUUAUCUUUGAAAAUAAAUGUAACUUUGUUUUGUGAAA